AUGGUUGAAGCCUUUUGUCCGAUGGAGGUGGAACACAAUGACAGCUUUUCUACAAGCUGCUGGACUGGGCUUGUGUGUAAUGUUGGUGUUCACCCGUUUUGUGUUUACUCCUAUGAUGGAAGGGCAAAGUUCCCCACUGCCUUGAGAACCAUAGAUUGGUCAACAAGUCAGCUUUCUUUGGUGUGCGAGCGUGCCACUGCUAGUAAUGAACAGUCUAGCAGACUUAGUCUGGAAUGGAUAACUUGCGCCCCAAGUUACUGA